AUGGAAAGAAGAGUUGCAAUUGUAGGGGCAGGAAUCAGUGGCCUACUUGCCUGCAAAUAUGUUCUACAAAUUGGUUUUCAUCCGGUUGUUUUCGAAGCAGAUGAUGGUAUAGGAGGAUUAUGGAGGCAUACUAUUGAAUCUACCAAACUUCAAAACCCCAAAGAAACUUUUCAGUUUUCAGAUUUUCAUUGGGAUUCUUCUGUAAAACAAGAUUGUCCAAGUAGUCAACAAUUGCUAGAUUAUCUUAACUCCUAUGCUCAACAUUUUUCCAUUGUUCCUUAUAUUAGAUUCAACUCUAAAGUCAUUGAUAUUGAUUAUGUUGGUGAGUCUGAUGAAGAAAUGAAGUCAUGGGAGUUAUGGAAUGGUGAUGGAACUCCUUUUGGGUCCAAGGGAACAUGGCAUAUUACCGUGCAAGAUACUAAGAGUUUAUCAACUGAGGUGCAUAUAGCUGAGUUUGUUAUUCUUUGCAUUGGAAAAUACAGUGGUUUUCCAAACAUUCCUGAGUUCCCUCCUGGAAAAGGACCCGAAAAUUUUGAAGGAAAAGUUAUGCAUUCUAUGGACUACUCUGCCUUGGACAAUGAUAUUGCUGCUGAAUUGAUCAAAAACAAGAGAGUUACAGUUAUAGGCUCAGAAAAAUCAGCUCUUGAUAUAGCUUCUGAAUGUGCAAAUGCAAAUGGAGUGACUCAUCCUUGCACAAUUAUCCAAAGAACAUCACAUUGGUUUCUCCAAGAUUUCAACAUUGGAGGCAUUAAUCUUGCAUUCUUAUAUUUCAACCGUUUUGCGGAGCUUUUAGUUCACAAGCCUGGAGAAUCAUUCCUGCUUUCCCUUCUCGCAACGUUACUCUCACCAUUGCGAUGGGGAAUUUCGAGGUUUGUUGAAACAUAUCUGAGAUGGAAGUUUCCAUUAAAGAUGUAUGGAGUGCUACCUAAUCACAGCUUUCUUCAAGAUAUUUCUUCAUGUAAAACUGGAGUACUUCCUGAGUUCUUUUUUGACAAAGUAAAAGAAGGAUCCAUUGUGAUAAAGAAAUCACAAAGUUUUAGCUUUUGCAAUGAAGGCUUGAUUAUUGAUGGAGAUGCUAAGUCCAUAGAAACAGAUUUAGUUAUUCUUGCCACAGGAUAUAAAGGUGAACAGAAACUUAGAAGCAUAUUCAAAUCUCCAAUGUUUCAAAGUUACAUCAAUGGAUCAGUAAACUCAACAGUUCCUCUCUACAGGCAAAUAAUUCAUCCUCGAAUCCCACAACUGGCAAUAAUAGGAUACGCAGAGAGCUUAUCAAAUAUUUUUUCUAAUGAAAUGAGAUGCCAAUGGUUAGCACAUCUUUUGGAUGGAAACAUUGAGCUGCCUAGUAUUAGAGAGAUGGAAAAGGAUGUCAAAAUAUGGGAAGAUAACAUGAAGCAACAUACUAAAAACUCGAAUUUGAGGUCAUGCAUUGUUACUUGUGGCAUAUGGUAUAAUGAUCAAUUAUGUAGAGACAUGAAAUGCAAUCCCAGAAGAAAGAACAAUAUUUUUGCAGAGCUUUUUGAACCAUAUGGACCAUCUGAUUAUAAUGGUCUUGUUCGUAAAUGA